AUGUAUAAUACAUGCAAUGUGACUGAAUGGGCUCAAUCUGGCUAUGGAGUUUGGGGACCAGGUGAUAGAUUAUAUCGCAACUAUCACCCCAAACUAAACGCACCCCCCAUACCGCCACCAAGCAAAUCACCUGAUGACUGGACUCCCUACCGAAAUCGUGUUGAGUUCGAGACCACGGAAUUUCUGUACACGCGUAAUCAGAUGUCAGCGGGGAACAUUAAUAUCUUAUUGGAUCUUUGGGCUGUGACCCUUUUGAAACACAACAACAAGCCACCAUUUGUGGACUGCCACAAUUUAUAUAAGACCAUUGAUAGCACACCGGUAGGUGAUGUCAAAUGGCAAUCUUUCAAUGUCCGGUACACAGGGGAGAAGCCAGCACACAAUGUACCACCCUGGAUGACCGAAUCUCAUGAAGUCAUUCGGAACAUGUUGGCAAACCCGGACUAUGCAAAGGAAAUGGACUACUGGCCCUACCGUGAGUUCUCGACUGAUGGUAACGAAUGUCAAUGGCAAGACUUCAUGUCUGGUGACCGGGCUUGGAAUCAAGCAGAUAUCAUUUCCAAAGAUUCAGAUACAGCUGGCUUGACCUUUGUGCCAGUUAUUCUCAGCAGCGACAAAACAACAGUUUCAGUGGCAACUGGUGCCAAUGACUACUAUCCACUGUACGUAUCAAUUGGAAAUGUUAGUAAUAAUGUCCGAUAUGCACAUCACGAUGCUGUUGCCAUCAUCAGUUUUCUAGCUAUGCCAAAGACUACCAAAGAGCAUGUGGCCUGCCCAAAAUAUCGCAAGUAUUGCCGGCAACUAUUUCAUUCAUCAAUUUCAAAGAUUCUCGAGAACCUCAGGCCUGGUAUGACAAAACCAGAAGUUGUGCGUUUUGGCGAUGGGCACUAUCGACAUGUUAUCUAUGGGCUUGGACCAUAUAUUGCAGAUUAUGAGGAGCAGGUUUUGUUGGCAUGUAUAGUGCGCUCUUGGUGUCCAAGGUGCAUGUCACACCGCAAAAAUUUGGACUCCAAGUCAUUGUAUCGCAAUCGCGACCAUACAGAAGCACUCAUUGAAGAAGUAACAUCCAGUUAUCUGUGGGACAAGUAUGGGAUUGUUGCCGACCUUGUUCCGUUUACAAAUGAUUUUCCCCGAGGAAAUAUUCAUGAACUUAUCGCACCGGACCUCCUACACCAAUUGAUUAAAGGAACCUUCAAGGACCAUCUAGUUGAAUGGGUGGGACAAUAUCUGCAUCAUGUGCACAGCAAGAAAGGAGCAGAGAAGAUUCAAGAUGAUAUAGAUCGAAGAAUCGCUGUUGUUGCCUCGUUCUCAGGUCUUCGACGUUUUCCUCAAGGUCGGGGGUUCAAACAAUGGACUGGCGACGAUUCAAAAGCUCUUAUGAAGGUAAGUUACGUCCCAAUGGACGUGGUGCGCACAUUUCGUGCAUUUCUCAAAUUCUGCUAUUUUGACGCUCUCAACCGAUUCCAUCAUUACAGGAAGAUUUUCGAGUCUACAGGUGUCGUAUUCACAUUCUCUCUCCCUCGACAACAUUCUUGUUCCCAUUGCGCCCUCCUUGUUCGACUGUUCGGUGCACCCAACGGCCUAUGUUCCUCAAUUACAGAGACAAAGCACAUUAAAGCUGUGAAGGAACCAUGGAGGUGUUCAAGUCGCUACCAAGUGCUCAGUCAAAUGCUGGUAACAAAUCAGUGCCUUGACAAACUGGCAGCAUCACGCAUUGAUUUCAAAAGCCGUGGGAUGCUGAAUGGCACCUGUCUAUCUGAAACUCUUUGA